UCCUACCGGGGAAGCGAUUCGACUCAUCUCGUGUCCGCCGGAUCUCUCUCCUCCUCGUCUCUGAUCCACCCAGAGAGAGAGAGAGAGAGAGAGAGAUCGGGGCUGUUACUCGCUUUUUAUUGAUCAUUCACGAAGCAGAGGGAGAUCGCGGCGGAGAUGGCGGCGAUCCCUAGAACUUUGGUGGCCAUUAUGGUUCUCGCCUUCGCGAUCGUUCUCCCGGCCGUCCAGGCGCAGGCUCCCGCCCCCUCGCCUACCAGCGACGGGACAUCGAUUGACCAGGGGAUUGCUUAUUUGCUAAUGCUGGUGGCCCUGGUCCUGACCUACCUCAUCCACCCCUCGGAUGCCUUCUCCCCCCACGAGCUCUUCUAAGCCUUUGGGUAGCUCUUUCAUGUUUGUGAGGGAGGGAGGGAGGAGUUGUUUUGUUGGUUGUAUUUAAGAUUUGGACUCUUUCAACAGAAUUAUCUUGUUAAUUUAUCCUAAAUAUUCUUGUUUCUCA